AUGCCUCGCGGAAAGGAGCACCGUAAGCACAAGCAUGAUAUCGAGCACGAGAAGAAGGAAGAGCGAGCGGAGAGGCAGGGGGAGGAGUCCGACGGGCAGGAUUUCCCACAGGGCCAGAUCGACCGGGAAGAGAAGCCCGCCACCUACACGGCGCUGACCGUGGACCGAAAGGACCUCGAAGAAACACCCCCGGCCGGAGCCGAGGCGGUCGGCGCGGCUUACGACCAACAGGACGGCAUCACGAAGGCCGUCGGCAUCACGCUGCCUCCAGAUGCGUGUCCAGAUCAGAUACCCGGUGUGCCGAACGUCCCGAUCGCGGCUAUGGUGGUCGGGGCGGCUCCGCCGAGCGUGCCGGGGGAGAACUCGCCUCUCCCCGAUCAGCAACCGGGCGUACCGAAUUGCCCCGUCGUCAUGACCACAGACGGGUGCUUCGGUUUAUCUCCCAUCGGAGCGGAGAGGAUGAUGGAUGUUGUAUGCUAG